UACGGACUUCCGCGACUGCCAGAAGCGUGAUAUGCGUGUAGUCGCCUGGGCGACGAAGCUGAUCGUGAAGUGCGGAAGGGAGGCCUAGCAGGGUCUCUUCACCAUUGAUUACUGGGACUGACCUCAGGUCAUUAGGCCUGGUAGCAAGUGCUUUUUUAUAUGACAGGCUGAAGCCAUGGACAUAGAUGCUGAACGAGAGAGAAUAACACAGGAGAUCCAGGAGCUCGAGAGGAUUUUGUACCCUGGAUCCUCUAGCAUCCGCUUGGAGGUCUCUGAACCCAGUCUCAGUUCGGACUCUGAAGCAGAUUCCCUGCCUGAUGAGGACUUGGAAACUGCUGGUGCCCCUAUCUUGGAAGAGGAAAGGUCGAGUGAGGGCAGCAAUGAUGAGGAGGACCCCAAAGACAAAGUUCUCCCUGAAGACCCCGAGACCUGUCUGCAGCUAAAUAUGGUCUACCAGGAGGUGAUCCGGGAAAAGCUGGCAGAGGUUACCCAGUUGCUAGCCCAGAACCAGGAGCAGCAAGAGGAGAUCCUGUUUGAUCUGGCUGGGACCAAAUGCCCCAAGGUGAAGGACGGCAGAAGCCUGUCCUCGCACAUGUACAUAGGCCACUUUCUGAAGCCCUACUUCAAGGACAAGGUGACUGGAGUGGGGCCUCCUGCCAACGAAGAAACACGGGAGAAGGCUACCCAGGGAAUCAAGGCCUUUGAACAGCUCUUGGUGACCAAAUGGAAGCACUGGGAGAAAGCCUUACUCAGGAAGUCUGUAGUGAGUGACCGCCUGCAACGCCUGCUUCAGCCCAAGCUUCUGAAGCUUGAAUACUUACACGAAAAACAGAGCCGAGCCUCCAGCGAGCUGGAAAGGCAGGCCCUGGAGAAGCAGAUUAAGGAAACCGAAAAGGAGAUUGGGGACAUCAACCAGCUCCCAGAGGAAGUGCUGCUGGGGAACCGGCUGGACAGCCACGAUUGGGAGAAGAUUUCCAAUGUUAACUUUGAAGGAGGCCGCAGUGCCGAGGAGAUCCGGAAGUUCUGGCAGAGCUCUGAGCAUCCAAGCAUCAAUAAGCAACAAUGGAGCACAGAAGAAGUAGAGAGGCUAAAAGCCAUCGCUGCCACACACGGGCACCUGGAGUGGCAUUUGGUUGCAGAGGAACUUGGGACAAGCCGCAGUGCCUUCCAGUGCCUGCAGAAAUUCCAGCAAUACAACAAAGCCCUGAAACGCAAGGAGUGGACAGAGGAGGAAGACCACAUGCUCACCCAGCUGGUCCAAGAGAUGCGCGUUGGGAACCAUAUCCCAUACCGCAGGAUUGUCUACUUCAUGGAAGGGAGAGACUCCAUGCAGCUGAUUUACCGUUGGACCAAGAGCUUAGAUCCCAGCCUGAAAAGGGGGUUCUGGGCCCCAGAAGAAGAUGCUAAAUUGCUUCAAGCUGUUGCCAAGUAUGGGGCGCAGGACUGGUUUAAAAUCCGGGAAGAGGUGCCAGGUAGGAGCGAUGCCCAGUGCAGAGACCGCUACAUCAGAAGAUUACAUUUCAGUUUGAAGAAGGGACGGUGGAAUGCAAAAGAAGAACAACAGCUGAUCCAGUUAAUAGAAAAGUAUGGUGUCGGUCACUGGGCAAGAAUAGCUUCUGAGCUGCCGCAUCGGUCAGGCUCCCAGUGUCUGAGCAAGUGGAAAAUCUUGGCCAGGAAGAAACAGCAUCUCCAGAGGAGGAGAGGCCAGAGGCUGCGUCACAGUAGCCAGUGGAGCUCCAGCAGCAGCAGCAGCAGUGAAGACUAUGGUAGUAGAAGCAGCAGCAGCAGCAGCAGCAGCAGCGAAGACUCAGAUGUGGAGCUGGAGGAGUCUCUAGAGGGCAGCAGAGCAUCGGCUCCUCAACAGUACAGAGUGCCAGACAUUGACCUGUGGCUUCCCACCAGGCUGCUCAGCAGCCAGUCACAGAGAGAAGGGGCAGGACGCUACCCAGAACACCCUGCUGUCUCCUGCUGCACUCAGGAUGCCACUCACAAUCACUACAAGGAAGGUUCUACCACAGUCUCUGCUGCUGAGAAAAACCAGAUGCAGGUGCCCUAUGAGACCCACAGCACUGUUCCAACAAGAGCCCGGUGCCGACACUUCUCAGACACUCACCUAGCAAGUGUGAAGGAUCCAGCCUGCACGAGCCAUGCACCGAUGAAGGAAAGACGGCGGCAGCUACCCCUGCCUAACUCACGCUCGGGGUCUGACCCUGGUAACAGUAUGGCUGGGCCCCAUCUGCGGAGGCUGUGGCAUGGAACUUUCCAGAAUAAGCAGAGACGCAAGAGACAGGCUCUCCAUCGCAGGCUCCUGAAGCACCGGCUUCUGCUGGCUGUGAUACCCUGGGUGGGUGACAUCACCCUGGCCUGCACACAAGCUCCCCAGAGACCUGCAGCUGUACAGACUCAAGCUGACAGCAUCAGGAUGCGGUUGGAGUGUGCCCGCCUGGCCAGCACUCCGGUGUUCACACUGUUUAUUCAGCUAUUACAGAUUGAUACUGCGGGCUGCAUGGAGGUGGUGCGAGAGAGGAAAAGCCAGUCACCUGCCCCGCUCCAGCCUGGCGCCCGGAGCCCCCAGCCACAUCUCCUGCAGGCAUCCUCUAACGCCGAGGCCCGCACAGGCUGCCUUCUUCCAGGCAUGUCGGGCGAGCAAACUGCGAAGAGAGCCAACCACAAAGGGCGUCCGCGGGUGGGGUCCUGCCGGGCAGAGGCUACCCCCUUCCAAGUCCCUGUAGCAGCUCCACGUGGCCUCCGGCCAAAGCCUAAGACUGUAUCUGAGCUGCUUCGGGAGAAGCGGCUCCGUGAGUCCCACGCCAAGAAGGCCACUCAGGCGCUCACUGCCCUCAACAGUCAGCUGCUGGUCUCCUCUCCUGUGAUCCUCCAGCCCCCCCUGCUGCCAGCCCCCCAUGGGUCCCCAGUAACGUCCAGUGUUGAACUUUCUGUACCUGUGGCACCAGUGAUGGUCAGUUCAAGUCCUUCUGGCUCUUGGCAGGUGGGUGGGAUCUCAGCUACAGACAUGCAGCCCCCCAAACUACAAACCAUUUCCCUAAAUCCUUCCCACAAAGGGACCCAAAUUGCAGCCCCUGCUGCUUUUAGGAGCCUAGCCUUACCCCCCGGGCAGGUCCCCACAGGCUGCCCUCUAAGUACUCUAGGACAGACCUCUACCACACCCCAGAAGCAGAGCCUGCCCAAGGUCCUGCCCAUUCUCCCAGCAGCUCCUAGCCUUACGCAGAUCUCUGUGCAGCCACCGGCAAAUGGGCAGCCUAUGGCAACCAAGUCUAGCCUGCCUGUCAGCUGGGUUCUCACAACUCCGAAGCUGCUCUCUGUCCAAGUGCCAGCUGUGGUGGGCCUCCCCGAGUCAGUGAAGACCCCUGAGACCACAGGACUACAAGCAAAACAACUAUCUUCCCCUGCCAAGACUCCUGCUUUUCUAGAACAGCCUCCAGCCAUUACAGACACAGAACCCAAAGGACCUAGGGACCAGGAAAUAAUACCACCCACACCUGGGCCUGAAAAGAAGCCUUUGGACCUAAGUUUGCUCUCCCAGGAAAGUGAGGCGGCCACCAUGGCAUGGCUGAAGGGCUGCCAAGGUGCUUGUGUGCCCCCGCUGGGAAGCAGGAUGCCCUAUCACCCCCCUUCCCUGUGCAGCCUGCGUGCAUUGUCCAGCCUCCUCCUCCAGAAACAGGACUUAGAGCAGAAAGCUUCCUCUCUGGUUGCCAGCCAGGCAGCUGGGGCCCAGCCUGAGCCCAAGGCUGGAGCCCUACAAGCUUCCCUGGAGCUGGUGCAGAGGCGAUUCCAGGACAACCCAGCCUACCUCCUGCUAAAGACGCGUUUCCUGGCUAUCUUCUCCCUUCCUGCAUUCCUGGCCACUCUGCCCCCCAACAGUGUCCCCACCACCCUGUCACCAGCCGAGGCUGCGGGUUCUGAGAGUGACGGUGAAGACCUUGGUGACCUGGAGCUCAAGGACAAGGCUAGACAGCUGGACUGCAUGGCCUGCAGAGUGCAAUCGAGUCCAGCAGCCCCAGACCCUGAACAGGAGCCCUGGGACGAGAUGUAUGGGCCCAUUUCUCUGGCUACUCCCAAGGAGUCCUACCAAGCCUCUUCCCUUAUAAAGGUUAGAUGUGUGGAAUCUUCCCACACUGUUACUCCUCUCCUGGUGGUGCUACCCUAGUUCCAGGGUGACCUGGGAAUCUCUAGGAUAUAUUCUUGUCUCUGCCUCCAUUGGCCUACACCUAAAGCAAGAGGAUAGCUGUCAUGAAAUUAUUAAUGGUUGGAGACCCUGCCUGAAGGGCAAAACUGCAGAAAGCUAGGACCUAGUUCCUCCCAUGUAACUGCCCUGGGGGAGCAUACCCUAGCAUCGGCCUGUCCUUGAUGUUAGUUUGGGGUUGGGGCAGAACUGGGGGCCGUCCUCAGAGUCCUCCCUUUCCUAUUGCCCCUCCCCUGGGUAGAGUCACUCUUGUCUCGCCUGGCCUGGCUUUGGUG